AUGGAAAUCAAGUUUCUCAGCGUUUUCUACCUCUACUGCUGCUGUGUGCUGCUCAGCGUGGCUGUAACAUCAUCAACAACAAUAACAUCAGGUGCCAGAAUAAGCACAUCAGCUACUGAUGAUGGUCAAGUUGCCCCCGAGACCCGACAAGUCGGGUCAUUCAGCAACGGGUUGAGGAACCCGUCUGGUGGCGGACGACCUGCUGCCCCGUCCAUUUCCCCGUCUGCACCCAGCUUGGGCAGUGUCCUUGGCAGUCUUUGGUCCAGCAUCACAACAACGUCCAAAGACCCCAACUGCCCAGGCACUUGUUUCAACGCCCUGGCCUCGUUCCUGUGCGACGAAGUUGACCCAAGCCCGAGUGCGUGUGUGAAAAGCGACGAGCGUUGUUGCGUGGACAGGACCACGACGAAUGCCAGCAAACCCCUAGAUGUCGCUCCCGCAACAACAUCAUCAACGCCUGUUCCCACUACUCGUCGCCAGCAACAGGCCAACACUAGGAUCAUAACCCCAAUGACAACAACAACAGCAACAACAACAACAGAAGGUGUCACAUCAUCAUCCUCAGCAGCUGCGACACCAACUAGUGCAAAGGUGACCACAAAGAGACCAGUACCGAGUACUACCACCCGUCGCAGUAGUUCUGCAGUGACUACCAAGAGGCCUGCAACUACCAAGAAGCCAGUGGUGGUGACCACUACCAGCAAGAGACCUUCAACCAGUGCCACAACUGCAGUUGUUACUACAGCAGCAAGGACCACUUCCACAACCACAGAACCAUCCACAACAACAACAACAACAACAACCACAACAAGGAUACCCACAUCAGCAGCUUCAACAGCAGUCGCCUCGGGCACAGUAGCCCCUUUGCCAGAGAAGCAGCCAGAAGGCGUCCCUGCUGAUGCUGCUGGCGGCGUCAUCAUCACCAGGGGCGCCAUCACUAGCACCGGCAGUCUGACCGAGUGCCCUGGGGUGUGCGUGGCGCCGAGCAUUUCCGAGUACUGCGACGCAGUACUUACUCGCCCCGGACUGUGCAAGGGCUCUUUGCGUUGCUGCGUCACACGCGAAGUGUUUGAGGGGCAAGAUGCCCCCAAGGACUUGGUGCUGAAUGAGAGUCCAGCAGUCCAACAACAACAACAACAACAGGGGUCCCAGCAGAAGGUUCCCAGCCAACAGCAGCAGCAGAGUAAUUCAAAUCCUCAGCCCACAGAGUACCAUGGACCCAUUCCAGCUCACAAACGCUGCAAGGGGACAUGUGUUGGUUCCUUCUUCACAUUCCUGUGUGACAGGAUUGACACGGAUUCCAUUUGUCCAUCUGGUGGUCAGUGUUGUUUGACAAGGGAAGACAUUGUGAAGCAGGGCCCAGAGUCUGGACCACCAUCAUCACCGCAACAGAGUCCUGGUGGGCAGGGUAAAGUGAAGCCUGGCUGUCCUGGCAGGUCCCUGGGCUUUGUGUUGCUGUGCGGCAUGUCAGAGCAAGGAUGCUGCGCUUGGGUCAUGCCGCAUGGACACGACCCCACAGUAUUAUCAAAUCUUAAUGUGGGGUCGAGAGAGUGCGUGGCAAGACCCGAGUGUAGCAUCCUUGCUCGGGCUCCACAUACGCAAAGUUACGACGCGCCACCGGAACCAAGGUGCCUUUCUGUCCUGAUGUCCACCUUCUGCACGUCACCAUCGAGGCUGGUACCAGAGACCACCUGCGAGGAUGGAACCGUUUGCUGCGUGGAAAGACCAAACACUAGUUCUGGGGCGGCCAACGACCGCCGCCCUCCGCCGCCACAAAGAAAAAAGCCGCUGCCUGUGCAAAGAAGACCGCCUCCAGCGUCUUCCUCAUCAACAUCUUCUGCCUUGGGAAGUAAAAGAAAUGCCGAGAUGACGGACUUGUUCAAGUGCGAACGCAAAUCCGUGUCUUGCUGUGCGCCAAAAUCCGCCAUUCAGCGCCUUCUGCAAGAAGAACAGGCCCAGAAACACAAAACCUCGGCCCCGGUUCUGCCUCCUGGCCUCAUUCCUCAAAAACAGCAUUUACUUCAACAGCAGCAACACCAGCAGGUGUUGUCGGGCCAGCAACUGGGCCCGCAGCAGUUUGUGAUCAACCAACCUGGCCUGCUGGACAAUCAGGAUCACUUAUUGCAGCAGCAGCAGCAGCCAGGACACUUCUUGCCACCGCCAAUUAUCGGCAGUGGGCCAGAUUUCAAUAACGAGCAAGGCAGACGACCUUUAAGGCCUCUGCCGCCAAAUUUGCAGAACCUGCCGCCACAUUAUUGGCAGAAUCGGGUGCCGCCUAAUGCGUUUAUGCUGAGGAAUGAGUCAUUUUUCCCUCCGCCUCAGGCAUUUGGAGGACCUGCUGGGACAGGUGCAGCAGGUGGACUGGGAAACCAGGGCGGCGGUCUGCAGCGGCGUCCCGGGCCGUCCGCCUCAGUGCCGCCACCCGGAGUGCCUCAUCUGCGCCCGCAGCCGCCACUGUCUGCAUUGCCGCCAUCGCUGUUGCCCCCACCCAGUGGUGCCCCACCGCGCCAUCACCUCCAUCAGCAGCACCCCGCAGCACCACCACCACCACUGAUGCCAUCCUCAGGAGGGCUUCCUCAACAACACCAAAGCAACAAUAAUAACAAAAGGGCAUUCCAGCAACAGACCGCCCUUUGUUGCCGUCUUCGUCAUCGCCUGGGAUGA